AUGUUUUCUCAAUUGCUUUAACUUUAAGGCACAAGAUCACAUCUUCUUUCUUGCUCACAAUUUAUUACAUGGCAUCCCUCUUUUAACACAACUGUUUCGCCCCAAAAGAGAAAGCACAGGUAGAGAAGGAGCUGGAGAAAUAUGAAGGGACAAGAUCCCUCGCUCUCUUCAUCUUCCCGGCGAGAAAGCUCUCCGGCACCCGAGAAAAUUCGUUCAAAGAGCAUCGGGUGCAUGUCUGGCAUUUUCCAAGUAGUUUACAAGUACCACAAUCGCCGUAGAUUCCUCACUUUUGGGAAAAAGCAUGAAAGAAAUGGAGUUUCUUCACCAACAACAAAAACAAAGCAAAAACCAAGACCAACACCAUCACAACCUUCUGCUUCACCAUCUUCUUCUUCCACUUCAUUACAACAAGAAAACAAAGAUCCCCCAAGAUUCUCGUGUGAUAUAGUACCAAGAAGUCCAGCAUUGCCAGCAGAAAUAAGGCGUUCAAAAUCCUUGAACUCCCCUGAACGUUUCCGGGCUCCACCAGCCCUGGUGGCAAGACUAAUGGGGCUGAGUGAUAUUCCACCAUUGACAGCCUCCGAAUUGGCCGUGGCCGAGAAGAGAAGGAGGCUGCUAGGUGCACUGGAAAAAUGCGAUGAAGACUUAAAAGCACUAAAGAAAAUAAUCGAUGUAGUGAAGAGUAGUGUAGCUGGCACUGGUAAUGAUGCUGAUGAUGAGGGAAGACCAGAGAAAGGUCAUGACCAUCCAUUGUUGCAGCAACCUAGCCCUGUGUCCGUGCUUGACGAGUUCACGCCUUCAGCCUUCAGUGGAUUCUCCAAACGUUACACCAUUAAUGGUAAGAUCUUGUUCUCUUCAUUGAUUACAAUUUUAUUAUUAGCUACCUGUUGCCUUUUCUUUUGACCAUUACACACACACACACA